AUGGAAACAGGAUCAUUACCUAUUAAACUUAGACCGGCUAAUCUUCGACCUAUAGCAUUUAGAAUAUUUUCUAAAAAACAUGGACUAAAUAUCAAUACUGAAGCAUUAGGAGUAUUGACUGAAGUUAUAAGUUAUAAAUUUGGAACUGAUUGGAAAAGUAUAAGAUCACAACAAUAUCUUGAAGAAAUUGCUAAAAUUUGGAAGAUAGAAGAUCGAGGAUUAUUUAUUGAUUCCAAUGGAUUGAAACAAAUUAUUAAAGAAUUGAAUUCAAAGAAAGAUAAUGAAUUAGAUGGGGGUUCUAAAGCUCAUCGUACGGAUACUAUUGUUGAUACUGUUGAUGAUGGUGAGGAUGCACCAGAGGAAGAACUUCUUAAUGAUGAUGAUAUUGAUUGGAGAGAUUAUUUUAAAGUUAUAUCAGCUAAAAAUCAACCAAAAAGUGUGUUUGAUCCAUCAAGAAAACAAUUUGAUAUUAUAUAUCAAUCGGAUAAUUCAUUGUUGUCAAAAUUACAAGAUAGUUUACCGGCUAAGGUCAAUUCUUAUUAUAAUAGAUAUAGUUUAAUUCGAGAUAGAUUGUCUCGUAAUGAAAAUUUCCAAAAAACUUCAGCUAUGAGUAUAUCAGCUUUAAAUUCAAUUAAAUCGGGAAUUAAACAAAGUCAUGAAAUAUCAUUAAUUAAAAAUAUGUUAGGUAGAGAUGGACAAAAAUUUUUAUUAUUUGGGUUACUUUGUAAAAAUAAUAAUGGAGAGUUUAUAUUAGAAGAUGAAACUGAUUAUAUUGAGUUAAAUUUAAAUCAAACGUUUAAAUCCCUGGGAUGUUUCCAUUGUUUAGGGAUGUAUUUCUUAGUUGAAGGUAUUUAUUCUGCAAGUGGAAGUUCAACAUCAAAUCAAGAUUCAAAUUAUAUGGGUGGUUGUUUCUAUGUUAGUAAUAUUGGUCAUCCACCAAGUGAAAGAAGAGAUAAAUCAUUGGAUUAUUAUGGAAAUUUGGAUUUCUUAGGUAUUCAUAAACAAUUUUCAACAUUAACUGGUGAAAAAUCAAUUAAAAUUUCUAAAAAAUAUAGAAAAUUAUUAAUUGAAAAAGAAUCAAAAUUCCCAUUUCAAAAAAUCAUAUUUGUAUCAGGAAAUAUUUCAAUAAUUGAUAAAUUAAAUAAAUUUUUCAAUAAAAUUGAAAAUUCUAUAAUCGAAUCAGAUGACCAUUCCCCAAUUGCAAUAGUUUUUACAAACACCACCACCACCACCACCAGUACAACAAUUUCCCUGACUAUAGGGAAAGAAUUUCAUAAACAAAAUUUUGAUAAAUUAUAUCCAAAUAUUUUUACUAAACUGAAAAUUGUUUUAUUAACAGGAGAUUUAAUUCUGAAUGGAACAAUAUCACUUGAUUCAAUUAAUUUUGCUCAAAAAGUGAAAUAUCCAAAUACUUCAAUAUCAUCAAAUCCAACAACUUUAGCUUAUUUAAGUCAAGAAGUAAUUAUUAUUAAAGAUCAAUUCAUGCUGAAAUUAAGAAAAAAUGAUUUAAAUUUCGGUACUAUUGAAGAUAUUAAUAAAGAUCAGAUAUUGAGUAGUAAAACUAAACAAGCUAGAAAAUUGGUUAAAACUUUACUUGAUCAAGGAUAUCUUGGUAUUAAUAAUGGUUUAAAUAUGGUUAAUUUACAAUAUGAUCAUUGUUUUAGACUUGAACCUGCUCCAAAUAUGGUUGUUUUACAUGAUGAAAGUUUCCCUCAAUUUGAUGUUACUUAUAAUGGUUGUAAAGUGGUUAAUAUUGCUUCAAAUCAAGAUAAUAAUCAAUUUAAUUAUAUGGAAUAUUAUCCCGCUACUAAAAAUUGUAUAUUCAAAGAAAUUUAA